CUCCGGCGCUACCCACCCCGCCCCCCGCCGCGCCCGGCCCCCCGGGUCGCCCUGGGGCCGCCCUCGGGCUUGCGCGGAGCUCGGUGGAGACCUCGGGGCUGGCGGGGAUUGAUGGGCAGGACCUGACCCGGCGGCGGCGCGGCGCUCGGCUCCGGCUUUCCCUCGGAUCUCCGCUGCCCGGGCAAAUGCAUACAAAUGCAUUUGGGAGCCGAGAGGACAAGGCGAGGACGCAUCUCUCCCGCGGCGCAAACGAGAAAUUUCCUUUUUAUUGCAAUAUGUAUAGCUGUGGGUGUUGCACAAGUACCCAAACAAGCAAUAGAUGUUCUUCAUCAACUAGGCCUUGUGAAAGAUGUUCAACAGCCCUCAGAGACGGCAGUGCCCUCAACAUCAUCUCUGUUACCUCAGGGUGUUCGUCUAACUGUAUCAGGAGUUGUACUAACUAGUGAUGCACAUAUUGAGUCCCCCAUCAUUCAAGUCCUACCAUCAAGCCUAGGGCAUCCGUUCACCAUACUGGUUGGGUUAUACUCAUACAGAAUAAAUAAUGCUUUCCUUUUCAGUAUUAGGAACAAAAGCAGGCUGCAGUUUGGUGUUCAGCUGCUACCAAGAAAGGUAGUGGUGUACACUGGUGGGAAGCAGUCCGUACACUUUGAUUAUAGUGUUCAUAAUGAAAAAUGGCAUUCAUUUGCCAUUGACAUUAGAGACAAGACUGUCUCAAUAUUUGCUGAGUGUGGAAAGAAGCACUAUAGCAGGGAAGUACUUUCUGAAGUGGAGACAUUUGAUUUGAAUGCUUUAUUUACCCUGGGAAGGAUGAACUCUCACUCUGUCAGCUUUGAAGGAGUUAUAUGUCAGUUAGAUAUUAUUCCCUCUGCAGAAGCGUCUGCAAACUAUUGUAAAUAUGUGAAGCAGCAGUGUCGCCAAGCUGAAACAUAUCGAUCUCCGCCGGGAGCUCUGCAUGCAUCAGAUGGGCUGGAUGUUUUUUCAAAGAUGGUGAUUGAUGAGAAAAAGCAGUCAGAAGGUAUAUCAGCUUAUAGAAGGAGAGAAGUGUCAAACAUUCCUGUUACCAGUGUUGCUCACAGUCACUUUCUACCAGAAGACUUUGAGUCAAGAAAUGUCUCUGCAUCGCAGUUUGCAGAGGCUAAACCUCUGUUGCUGGAAGCUUUGCCUGAAACAGAACUCCAGGAGUACAUCAAUCUGUCUCUUCUUCAGCAGGAGACUGGCACAAAGAAAAACAUCAGUAAAACCCCCAAAGGAUCAUAUCCAAGUACUUCAGAUAAUACCACAGAAGAUGCAGGCAGACAAAGUGAGCCUUCUCUGAUCUCCCCUGUAAAACAGAGUAAAACUAAAAGCAAGGGAAUGGACAAAGCAAAACAUUUAAAUGAACCAAGCAGAAAGCAGCACAUCUUCAACACAACCCUGUAUGGUUUGCCUGUGGACCUCUCUCUGGAUAAUCAACUUGGUCCAGGGCAGGAAGCUGCAUUUGAUGCUGAUGAGACUUAUCACACAGAAAACAAUUAUGAAAUUGGUGUUGAUAAUUAUGAUUAUGACUAUGAAGAUCUUGACAAAAUGUUUGAAAUGGGAAGUGUCAGAGGUCCAAAGGGGGAAACUGGACCUCCUGGUCCUCCAGGUCCUCCAGGUUUACCUGGUACAUCGGGAAAGAGAGGUCCUCGGGGUAUUCCAGGACAACAUGGUAAUCCAGGUUUGCCAGGAUUGCCAGGUCCAAAGGGCCCUAAAGGAGACCCAGGAUUCUCACCAGGGCAGGCGAAACGUGGAGAAAAGGGUGAUCCAGGCCCCAUAGGCUUUCCAGGCCCACCUGGGAUCAAAGGCCAGAAGGGUCUUAAGGGUUAUGUGGGACUCCAAGGGCCACGGGGUGAGCAGGGAAUCCCAGGAAUGGCUGGCAACGUCGGGGUCGUUGGUUACCCUGGCAGGCAGGGCUUAGCUGGACCAGAAGGUAACCCAGGUCCUAAGGGUGUAAGAGGUUUCAUUGGACCUCCAGGUAUGGCAGGACAACCAGGACCUGAAGGAGAAAGGGGCAUCCCAGGCUUCCGUGGAAGAAGAGGUCCUAAAGGGAGACAGGGUUUUCCAGGUGACUUUGGAAAUAGAGGCCCCCCUGGCCCAGAUGGGAAUCCUGGAAUUGUUGGUGGUGUUGGUCCUCCUGGAUUUCCAGGACUAAGAGGAGGCAUUGGGCCAGCAGGACCGAGUGGACCAUCAGGAAUUCCAGGGCCCAUGGGUCUCCCAGGGAGUGUGGGACAGCCUGGAAUGAAAGGUGAUAAGGGUGAACAUGGCCUUGCAGGAGAGCCAGGAGACCAGGGGUACCCAGGAGACAAGGGUGCUCUUGGUUUACCAGGACCCCCAGGGAUCAGAGGAAAGGCAGGACCCCCAGGGAAAAUGGGAGAUCCUGGAUCUCAGGGACCAUUGGGUCCUCCAGGACCUGAGGGUUUUCCAGGAGAUAUUGGUGUACCUGGAUUAAAUGGCCCUGAAGGUCCUAAGGGACUUCUGGGUGAGCGAGGACCUCCAGGGCCACAAGGCCCUAAAGGACUUCAGGGAGAAGUAGGACCAGCUGGACCUAUUGGAGGAGUUGGCCCAAGAGGAAAGCCAGGACAGAAAGGUUAUGUAGGUGAUCCUGGACCAGAAGGUUUGAAGGGAGAACAUGGAGAUCAAGGAAACCUUGGGAAAACUGGUGAAGCAGGGUCAGCUGGCUUACCUGGAGAAAUUGGGCCAUCUGGAAGCCUAGGUGAAAAGGGAGAGCGAGGCAGUCCAGGACCAGUAGGUCCUCCGGGAGAGAAAGGUGUCAUGGGCUACCCAGGACCUCCAGGCGGCCCUGGACCUGUGGGGCCAGAAGGAUUACCUGGACCUUCUGGGACAAGAGGACCACCAGGGCCACAGGGGCCUAAGGGAAGAAGAGGGCCAAGAGGUCUAGAUGGUCCUCCAGGAGAACCAGGAGCACAGGGCAUUAAGGGAGAAAGAGGCGAUCCAGGGAAGAAAGGCGUUCCUGGGUUUAUUGGUAAAGCUGGAAAUCCAGGAGAAAGAGGAGAUCAGGGUGCACCGGGUUUGCUUGGGCCUCCUGGAACCACAGGAGACAGGGGACCAAUGGGAGAGCCAGGUCCAAGAGGACAACCAGGAGAGGCAGGCCCUAUUGGAGAAAUGGGUUUUGAGGGACCUCCUGGCCCUGAAGGAGAACCUGGCCUGCAGGGAGAACCAGGUGCAAAGGGAGACAUUGGACCUGCUGGGAAAGCUGGAGAACCAGGUGACCAAGGUUUAAGGGGUGAACCAGGACCUCCGGGAGAAGAUGGUGUUCAAGGAAAAGAUGGCCCAAAGGGAGACCCUGGAGACCAGGGACUUCUUGGAGAAGGUGGUGAAAAAGGAGGGAUGGGAUUACCAGGAAUUGCUGGACCCCCUGGUGAACCUGGCAUAAUGGGCAUUCCUGGCCCCGAAGGGACACCAGGAAAUCCAGGUCAGAGGGGCCGUUUAGGAAAGAAGGGGGAAAAGGGGCAGCUUGGCCCUCCUGGAGAAAUUGGACCUGCUGGUGACCCUGGCCAACCUGGAGAAACUGGUCCCAAAGGUGCAAGAGGAACUCGAGGCCCCUUGGGACACCUAGGAGGAAUGGGACCUGAAGGAGAGUCAGGAAUUCCAGGUUAUGGGGGUCACCAAGGUGCUCCAGGGCCUCCAGGGCCCCCAGGACCUAAAGGAGAAAAGGGUUACCCAGGUGAAGACAAUUCAGUCCUUGGACCACCUGGGCCCAUAGGUGAACCAGGUCCUAGUGGUGAACGUGGAGAUAGAGGAGAAGCUGGUGAUGAGGGCUACAAGGGUCCUAUAGGUCUUCCAGGGCUUAGAGGACCUAUUGGACAACAGGGGCCUCCAGGAGAGCCAGGUGAAUUGGGAGACCAAGGACCAAAAGGAGAAAGAGGUUCAGAAGGACCCACAGGGAAGAAAGGAGCAACAGGUCAAGCAGGCAAACCUGGAAUUCCUGGAAAACCAGGGCCAGCAGGCAAGAAAGGAACAGUCGGGUACCCUGGACCAGAAGGCAUUCCUGGGAAUCCGGGCAAGCCUGGGCUAUCCGGGAAGCCUGGCCCUAAGGGUAACAAAGGAAACUCAGGCUUGCCAGGUCUCGCAGGUUAUCCUGGAGCUCGAGGUCCCAAGGGAUUGCCGGGCAUGCCAGGGCCCAUGGGAGCACCAGGACUAAAGGGUGAGAAAGGGCUUCUGGGUCAUCCAGGAAAGCGAGGGAAAAGAGGCUUUCCAGGAUCACAAGGUGAUCAAGGACAAGCAGGAGAUGCUGGGCAGAAAGGACAGGCUGGAGAAGAUGGAGAUCAAGGUUUAAUGGGGUUUCAAGGAUUCCCAGGUCCAAAAGGUCCUGCAGGGGACAUUGGCUUAGUUGGAAUUCUGGGCCCGAAAGGUCCAACAGGUCGAGUUGGAUAUAUUGGCCCUGUUGGUCAAGAAGGCGUAACAGGCCCAGCUGGCAGGCCUGGACCAAGAGGUGAAAAGGGCACAAGGGGUGAAAUGGGGCCUCAGGGACCUCAGGGUCAGCCAGGGCCACCCGGACCACCUGGACUACCAGGACCCAGAAAACAAGUGGACAUCAAUGCUGCUGUUCAAGCUUUGAUUGAGUCAAAUGCUGCACUGCAGAUGGAGAAAUACCAGAAUACUGAAGUAACUUUACUAGAUCACAACACAGAGAUAUUCAAAACGCUGCACUACCUUAGCAAUUUACUGCACAGCAUCAAGAACCCUCUUGGCACUCGGGAUAACCCAGCACGCAUCUGCAGGGAUUUGCUGAACUGUGAACGUAAAGUGUCAGAUGGAAAAUACUGGAUAGACCCAAAUAUUGGAUGUCCUUCUGAUGCCAUUGAAGUUUUCUGCAACUUCACUGCAGGUGGUCAGACGUGUUUAACUCCGCUGUCUGUGACAAAGCUGGAGUUCGGCGUUGGAAAAGUGCAGAUGAACUUCCUUCAUUUACUGAGCUCAGAAGCAACCCAUAGCAUCACAGUUCAUUGUCUGAACACACCGAUGUGGGGAUUAAAUAAAGCAGGUGGCCAGAAAAUGUCUGUUAGCUUCAAAGGAUGGAAUGGUCAAAUAUUUAAAGCAAAUACGCUGCUUGAACCGAAGGUGCUUAUGGAUGAAUGCAUGGUGGAAGAUGGCAGCUGGCAUAAGACACAGUUCUUUUUUCACACUCAGGACACUAAUCAGCUUCCAGUCGUUCAAGUUAACGCACUUCCUCAUCUCAAACCAGGACAGCAGCACUUCAUAGAAGGCGGUUCAGUGUGCUUCCUUUAAGGUUUCUGUCCUGGGAGUUUUUGUGCAUCAACAUGGAAUUGCUGCAUAGAUUAAAUGCAAAAGUAAUGAUCCAUUACAGGCAAAAUAACUAGGAAAUUGAAGAAUCGUUCUAAAUGGUGUUGGUUAAAGAAGCUCAGGAAGAAAAAAGACUUCCUCCUAAGGAGAAAUGGCAUUUUAAAAGGAAAGAAAGAAAGAAAGAAAAAACUACAACUUUCAUAAAGUAUUUAAAAAUAUAUUGGUGCUUCCUUGCAUAAUUUUCUGGAACUGAGUGCCUGAACAUGGAAUUUUUCAGGACCUCUGGUGUUCUCAUCAAUCUCUUUAAGAGCACAGCAACAAAACCACCCCGAGGAAAGCUGGAGACAUACCAUGCUGAGGAGCAAUACUGGCUAAUGCUCCUAAAUGUGCAAUAGCUUAUAGAUGAAAAGUGAAUUAUGCCACAGUACAAUACAUCUUCUUUUCUGAAACGUUGUUUUAUUAUAGUCCUUGCUGGACACAUACAUCUUAACAGAUGGCACACUACCUCUUUUGUGUUUCCUGUCCAUGUUGCCUUGGUGCUCUUCAUAACACAAGGUGCUUGUGGCCUUAGCAGAGAUUAUUUGAGUCCCUUUUUAUCUUUCAGACUGUAUGUGCUGGUUACAUCAGGAUAUGUUUCUGUUGUAAAGGUGCUUAUUUUGAAUCGUUGGUCACGUACUUUACUACAAUGAAAACAUUAUUUAUGUGGAUUUGUUUAAAAUAUUUUUGUGUACUGUUGUGGAAAUGGUAUAUGAGACAGCACAUUGUAUACGAUACAUAUAGUCAGAACAGUUAGCUUUACAGCCAUUGUAAAAAAUGUUGUAGAAGAGCUACCUACAGUAGUUCUGAGGUUUAGAUUCUGUAUUUCAGUUAACAUUUCUAAUGCCAAAGGCAUCUUAAGAUGAUAUAUUGUGUAUAUAUUUUGUAACUUCUGAAAAAAUCUACAACAUGUCUUCUGAAUGGCUGCUCCUAAAUUAUAAUCAUCAUUUCAUCCACCUAGAAAUUCCAUUUUUCACAAAUUUAUUAGAUCUUUUUGGUUUUUGUUUUUUAGUUUUGGUUUGUGUUUUGGGUUUUUUUGUUUUUUGUUUGUUUGUUUGGUUUGGUUUGGGUUUUUUUUUUCUUUUCUUUUUUGGGGGGUUUUGAUUUUGGUUUUUUUAUUAAAGAAAGUCUAAAAAGUUCAAUCAUCUUUUUUAUUAAAUAAAAAAAAAACAAUUUUACCGUUAGGGAAAGCACUCGUAAUGAUAGGCCUCUAUCUAUUAUCAAUCCAAAGUGUACUCAGUAGCACAUGGCAAGGUGGUACCAGGCUAUCCUGGGGAGCACAGGAGCAUUCAAACAACUUGUUUAACUGUCUUGAUCCACAGGAAACCACACUUACCAAAGUAUAAUAAAAUAAGCUUCCAAUCUA